AUGGACAAAUGGUUAAUAUUUCUAUUAUCAGUACUAUCUAUCGUAUGCUUUGGAUACGAGAAUUAUGAGGCAAAUCCGACAAAAUCCUCUCCAUUCCCUCAAACACCUCGUCCUACUCAACCGAAUGAGAUGGCGAAGCGAAGAUAUUCCCCAAGUUCGAGAAAUCCUAAAAAUUCAACGCCAACACCACGUAAAACAGCUUCCACCCAAUUGCUCGCCGAAACGGAACUCGAAGAGCCGACAGCUCAGACUUUGAUGAAAGCUUUGAUGAACAAGAGGGGAGAAAAUAUUUUGAGACCCCGGCGAAAUGCCUCGACAUCGGUGGAUGUCACGUUCAAAAUGGAAUUAUAUCAGAUCAUUGAAUUGAACGAACGACAACAAUAUGUGAAAGUGAGUGCGUGGAUCAUUGAGAGGUGGUACGACGAUUUUCUCUACUGGAAUCCGGAUAACUUUGAGAAUAUCACUGAAGUGAAAAUUCCGUGGACCCAGAUUUGGAUCCCGGACACUGUAUUGUAUAAUACUGUUGUGAUGAAAGACGACGAUCAACGACGUUUGAUGUACGCAAAGAUCACAACAAAGUACAAGGAAAAGCGCUCUUAUGUCGAAUUCCUCUAUCCAGCCAUUUUCACUUUCUCUUGCAAGCUCUACUUACAGUUCUUUCCAUAUGAUGUUCAAACGUGUCACAUGAUUUUUGGAUCUUGGACAUCGGAUAACAAAGACAUUGACUAUCAUCCGCACACAAUGGAGGUCGGAACGAGCAACUAUCUAAUCAAUGAGGGAUGGACGUUGAUGGGAACUCAAGUUGAACGACACGAAAUGAAAUACGUAUGUUGCCCAAACAAUUACACUCUUUUGGACUUCACUCUUUAUCUGAAAAGACGACCAUUGUUCUACCUCGUAAAUCUCGUCAUUCCAACAUUUAUCAUCACUUUAAUUGCGAUCACUGGCUUCUUUACGACAAGUUCAACUACCGAAGUCCGUGAAGAGAAAAUCUCAUUGUGCAUCACGACACUUCUGUCAAUGUCCAUUUUGAUGUUAAUGGUUUCGGAUCAAAUGCCCUCGACUAGCACUUUUAUUCCAUUGAUCAGUUGGUUCUACAUGUGCGCUAUUGUAAUCAUCUCGGUUGGAGCUAUCGCCGCCUCGUUUGUGAUUUCCAUUCAGAAGUUUGGAAGACUAGGCAAACGAAUGCCAAUGCGGAUGAUCAAAAUCGUGCGUUUCAUCAGUCGAGUGGCAAUGGUGCGAAUCCCGGCCCAUCUCAAGCCAAAGUCGACUUUAAUGAACAAGCGUCACUUUCGUUAUAAAUUCAAGGAUGAGUCGCGGAAGUCGACAAUUGCCCAAUUCGCCAAGUAUUUCUUCUCGGCCGGCACGGAAAUGGCUGCUUAUCCGAUGGGAGAUUACGCAAAUAAUAAUGAGCCGCUGAUCCAGAAUGGAACUGUUGACAACAAAGCGAGCAAGAUCGCAAGUCCGACCACAGUGACUCCAGCAGAACAUGCCCAAUUCCGAGCGAGAGCCUUUUCGAAAGUGGCCAGUGAAGCUGAUGGAGAAGACAAAAUUGAUUUUGAUGCGAUUGAAAAGGAAGUUCGAGAGAUGGAAAUCAAAAGGGAACUCUCAAAAAUCGAAUAUGACUGGUUGGCGACAGUGAUUGAACGAUGCACUUUCUUGCUGUUUCUCUUGACGUUCUUGGCGGUUGCUUUCGGAAUCAAUAUAAUCGGCUUUGUUCACUGGUACAACGCGAGACCGCCUCUUUCAGCGACGAGAAAUCGAGAUCCGCUUUUCGUCUUCGGGCCACCAUUUGUCCAUGGAUCGGGUUCC